CAAAAAUUUAGAAGCCUCAGAGAUUUAAUUACAAAUUAUUUGGGCCACAAACAAAAUUCCUGUGUAAUGUUGAUUUGAAUACAAAAUUUAGCGUAAACAAAAUUUCAGUUUAAAUAAUCAAAAACUUUUUAAACAAUAAAAAAUGUCGAACGAAAAUAAAAGCGAUGAAAAAGAUAAAAGGGUCAAAAUACAGGUGGAGGGCGAAGAUGAGGUGGAAGGUGAGGCUGGCAGGAGGAAGAUGAAGAGGUUCCAACUUCCUAAUCUACCUCGAUGGUGGCAGGCGAAAAUCAUUCAAUAUGCCUUCGCGCAUCCGCACGUCCGUGCCCGCCUGGAGAAACACAUGGGUUCAAACCUGGUGAGGCUGACGGACAAGAACUACAUGAACGAACUGGAGGAGAGGAUACGAGCUGUCAAUGAAGAGAACCUCAAUAAGAGGAUAUCCAGCAGAGUCCUCGAUGAAAUGGAAAGACUCAAGCGCCUUAUAUUAGUCGGAAAGACACCAUUGAAAGAAUGCCCACCGGAAUUAUUCAAUCAUCCAGUUUUUGUCUUCUGGAGAAUGGUGAAUAGAGAAGUUGCGAAAGCGUCAAAGAAACGAGCUGAUGCGUAUUAUAGGAAGCUGAAAUCGUCACAGAAAUUAGAUCAAGCACUCGAAGAAGAAGCUGAACCCGAGGUAAUCGAGGAAGAGGGUGAACAGCUAAGUGCAGAACAGUUAUUGGCAAAAUGUCGAGCUGAACUGGAAGAACUGAAGCAGGUCGACAUCGAAAAAGGCGUCCGGUUCACUGACGAACAGUUUGCACUUCUCAAAUACGAAACCAAUGAUGUGAAGAACCUGAAAACAUUAACUACUGUCGAAGAACUUUACGCCUUGGCUGAUAAAAUAAUUGGAACAAAACGGGUUUGAAUAUAUAAAAACGUGUUUUAAGUGUAAAUGUUGUGAGUACAUAAGUUUUUAGACAUUCAUUUCAUGGAUUUUUAUUUAUCAAACAGAAUUAUUUUAUAAGAAUUUUCAAAAUAAAUUUUGUA